AUGGCCACGACUUCUGAAAGCUGCUUAGAGAGUCAUUUUUCAUUCCAGGAGUCCGGAGAUCUCAUCAAUUCUCCAGCUCUUUUUUUUGUGUAUAUUGCAAGUUUUCUAUAUUGGAUUUAUCGUGGACCACGGUUUCAUCUUCCUGACGAUCUGGGGAGUUAUUUACUUCACCAAUCGCCACGAGAUGAGAUUCUAGGUUCUAGGAUGGAUCAUAUAAGUAAUGAGGCCAAUGUUGAUGCGUUCUCAAUCGGACCUUCAACAACCAUUGGCCGGACUAUUGCUUUCAAAGUUCUAUUCUUCAAGUCAAUCUCACACUUGAGGCAUCAUAUUUCUCAUCUGCUUCUUCGUUACUUUCGUUGCAUCAGGGCAUAUGUUUCUUCCACCGUUAUACCUGUGAUCUCAUGGUUCCAUCCACGCAACCCGCAAGGGAUACUACUGAUGGUUACACUAAUGGCAUUCUUGCUUAAGCGGUGCACUAAUGUCAAAACAAGGGCUGAGAUCGCAUACAGGAGGAAAUUCUGGAGGAACAUGAUGAGGGCUGCAGUAACAUAUGAAGAAUGGGCUCAUGCUGCUAAGAUGUUGGAUAAAGAAACUCCAAGAACGAAUGAGUGCAAUCUUUACGAUGAAGAACUUGUGAAGAACAAACUUCAAGAACUCAAGCACCGUCGUGAAGAAGGUUGUCUUAGAGAUAUUGUAUUUUACAUGCGAGCUGACCUUGUCAGAAAUCUUGGUAACAUGUGCAAUCCAGAGCUUCACAAGUGUAGACAUCAAGUUCCAAAGCUUAUAAAAGAAUACAUCGAUGAAGUCUCGACACAAUUGAGAAUGGUUUGUGAUUCUGAUUGUGAGGAGAUUCUUUUGGAGGAGAAACUUGCUUUCAUGCAUGAAACACGUCAUGCUUUUGGAAGAACAGCUUUGCUUCUAAGUGGAGGUCAUGGCCAGAGCUUCAGAGUUUCUUUGAAGAUUCACUGCAUUCUUCAUGACAUUAGACGAUUACAAGUUCUAUUAAGAAACUUGACAAAUAAUCUUACAUUUCAAGAAGCUUAUGACAUGACAGUUAUAUGGAGUGCAGUUACUGCGUCUUGUGCUUUUCCUGGUCUCUUUGAAGCUCAAGAACUCAUGGCAAAAGAUAGAAGUGGAGAAAUUGUUCCUUAUCACCCCCCAUUUCAUUGGGGCCCUGAAGAAGCUAAUGGCAGUACUACUCGCAGAUGGAGAGAUGGUAGCUUGGAGAUGGAUUUACCCAUGAUCCAGUUAAAAGAACUCUUCAAUGUAAAUCAUUUCAUUGUUAGUCAAGCGAAUCCUCAUAUUUCUCCCCUGUUGAGACUGAAAGAAUGUGUGCGAGCUUAUGGAGGCAACUUUGCUGCAAAGCUUGCUCAUCUAGUCGAAAUGGAGGUGAAAUACAGAUGCAACCAAGUCUUGGAACUUGGUUUCCCUUUAGGAGGACUUGCAAAGCUGUUUGCUCAAGAAUGGGAGGGUGACGUCACCAUUGUUAUGCCUGCCACCUUAGCUCAGUACUCAAAGAUCAUACAAAACCUUUCUCACUUGGAGCUUCAGAAAGCUGCAAACCAAGGAAGAAGAUGCACAUGGGAGAAGCUUUCAGCCAUUAAAGCCAAUUGUGGUAUCGAGCUUGUUCUUGAUGAAUGUGUUGCAAUUCUAAACCACAUGCGUAGACUUAAAAGAAGUGCAGAAAGAGCAGCUUCAGCUUCAGUCUCUCAUCCCCGGUUUAAUGCAUCAAAAAGAAUCCCUUCAUGGAGUUGCAUGGCGCGUGAGAACUCAACAGGGUCACUAGAAGACCUUGCAGACAUUGUUUCCCCUCUCCCUCAUGGUGGCAGGAACUGGCGGCACCAUGACGGAAGUGACAGCGAAUCAGAGACUGCAGAGUUGAAUACUUGGACAAGAUCCGGUGGACCCUUGAUGAGGACUGCUUCAGCUGAUCAGUUUGUUGAUUUUGUCCAGAACUUGGAUUUUGAUUCCAGAGUGAAGAACUUGAGGGUGAUUCCACCGGAAUUGGAAUCGGAUCAGAGGGAUAUGAUUAUGAAUAACAGAGUUCAUAGAAGCAUCAUGGUGGCUGAAGGUGAUCUUUUGCAGCCGGAGAUGAUGUGUAAUGGGAUUGUGUUUAAUGUUGUGAAGAAAGGGGAGUUGACACCAUCGAAUAGGAGUCAUCAUGAUUCUGAAAAUAAUAACUUACUUUCUGACUCGGUUGCUGAGUGUGUGCAAAUGCAACCUGAUUCUCCAGAGAAGGAGAUGAUGGAUGGUAGCUCUGCUUCUGAAUGUGGUGAUAAUGAAUCUGAUAUCUGUAAUGAGCCUGUUAAAGACUGUUAACGCUUGUAGUUUUAUUAAAUUUAGUGGCUAUGCAAUUGCUAAUUUGCUUAAUUUCUACAUCACUUUAACUCUUUCCAUCUGCCUUAAUUUUUAAAUAGAAAUGAAUCUGGCAUUUGGCAUAAGAGUGACCACCUGAUUUGUCUAGUUUUGCAAUUUGAUUCGACACUCUGAUCAUGUCUUCGUCUAGAUGGCCUCAUUUAGUU